AUGGAAGAAUCGGUGGAAGCGAUGUUGGAAAAUUUAUCGUUGGAUGAUACGACAAAAAAAAUGCUAGAUAAUAUGACCGAAUGGGAAAAUCUAGGACAAAGUGUUAUCAUGGGCAAGAGAACGAUGAUAGAAUUGGAUGAGCGGCGCCAGAAAUGUCGCGAAGCAUUGAGACAAUUGCGCAAUAAAACAAAAAAUAAUGCAAAGAAGAAAAGUAAGGAUUGGAUAUGCUUUGGAAGCACCACAUUUCUCAAGGUUACAACCGACCAGGCAAAGCAAAUGAUUGAAGAUGACAUGAAAAUUAUUGACGUGUCACUUGAAACAGCUCGAAAAGAGAUCAAGAACAAAGUGAAUAAAUUGAAGGACAUGGAGAAUUGCAAGAAUCUUGAAGAUCUUGGUUUCAAUUUGGAUCCAGUUGUUUGAAUUAUCGUUGUCCUAUUCAGGCAGGUCUUUCUUUAUUCGAUUUUAUUUGUAAGAAAAGACUAGAAAUUUAUGUGGGGUGAACAAGAAUGUGAUCCAAUAAAUGGGUUCGCACUGUUUUCAUAGUUGCUAAAAGAUGCUUAUCAUUUUACAAGGACUGAGUUAGUGCCACAAAAACCUGAGACCUGGUAGGAAACGGAGCAGUGUUCUGCCUUCGUUACCAGUAAUAAGAAGUAUCAGAUUGAAAAGUAGUGAAAUCUGGUUAAAAAAAAUGAAACAUUACCGGUAGCUUGUUCUGGACCCCAAAAACCUGACAUUUGGAAUGGUUCGGAUGAACUAGCUGAGAUAGCAUAUUGUACGACACGUCUAUCUGUAGUGCAGUGCGUUUCUUGCACACGUUUUUGUCGUGGACCGCAAUUCAUGCUACUUAAUGGUGGUGCCCACAUCUAAAGAAAUCACCAAACAUUCGUUCAUCUACUUUAAAUAUUUCCAUCAUAAAAUAUGCUUGAUUUAUGUAGGAUUAAAGUUAAUUACUUUCAACUAUCACAUUAAUACUAAGCAGUUCAUUCGUCUUCUACAGCUCGUCUUUAGAUAAUAUAACUCUGUCAACGAAUCUCUGGAAGC